GUGUUUAAUGGCUUCUUAUGAUUUAUUUCUUCAAAAUAAAAUAAAGGUAUAUACAUAGUACAUAAUUUUUAAUGUUGGAAAGAGAGAGAAGUAAAGAUGAAAAAUGAAAAGUACAGAGAGUUUAAUUAGAACAGAAAUAGAACUUACGUGAUCUUACGAUGUUGUAAUAUUGUUGUAUCAUCACGUGGAAAUUUGAUUCCACGAGAUUUUUUACAAGUGAUGUUAAAUGAAUUGUUUAAGUACAAUUAGAUUUCAUCAAAGAUUAAUAUAAACGUGUUUAUUCGACGCUUUAUGUUUAUAGAAAUCAUCAUAUCAAAUAAUGAGGAGAUAAUGCAGAGAAGAUAUGAAGAAGAGAAUCCAUUAAGUCAAUAUCUAAAAUAAUGGAAAUUCAAACAUUUAUAUUCUUUGAUUUGGAAACAACUGGUUUGAUUCAAGGAAAGAUCAUGCCAAGAAUCACGGAAAUUGCUUUAGUUGCUGUUACAAGAGAGUCGAUAUGUAAUUGCAACAAAGCAUCUUUGCCGCGAGUCUUGCAUAAGCUAAUACUUCCGAUCAAUCCCCAAAAAAUCAUACCACCAACUGUAGCAUAUAUGACAAAAUUAUUUAACGAGGACAUGUUGCUACUGCAGCCUUUUGAGUGUGAAGUUUAUGAGUUAAUAAUGUGCUUUCUACAGCGUCUCACACCACCAAUUUGUUUUGCAGCACAUAACGGCAACAGAUUCGAUUAUCCAAUAUUCUUGAAUGAACUCGAGCGCAUAAAUAAGGUUUUUGAUGACAAAAUUCUAUGCAUUGAUACAUGGAAGAUGUUUCAAGAUUUCUUUAAGAAAAAAGAUUUGGAACGAAAGACAGUCCAAGAUUUGUUGGAUGAUGAGUACAAUGAUUCGCUCUCCAUGUUGGAUAUAGAUGUGGUAAUGAUGGAACAAAAGACUAAAAUUGAUGCCAUGCCCAUUUCGCAAGCGACGCCUCCCUAUAACGGAUAUAUCAAAGUUAUAAACGAUAAGAAAUACGAUACAAACAAGGAGUAUAACAAUGACAUCGAUGUCGAAUCGCCGGAGGAUUUUAGACAAAAAGCUAACGAAAAAACGCCAGAGAAUCAAGUAAUGAGGCAGCAUGAGACUGUUCUUGUAGAAAGACCAUUUAAAAAAAAUAAUCCAAGGAAGAAAUUGGAUUUCGGUUGCGAAAGACCAGUCAGCCUUAAACUCGGCGCCAUUUAUGAAUAUAUGUUUGAUUCAAAUUUUCCUCACGAACAUUCGGCCGAGGCCGAUUGUCUCGCCAUGAUACGUUGCAUCACCAAUAUUGUCGACUUCUUCCUUGAGUGGUCAGAUAAUAAUGCAACUCCAUUGGUUUGCUGUAAAAGAAUAUAGUGCAAUAUUGUUAAUUGAUAUUUUAGACAAUAAGAAUGAUACAUAAACGAAUGAAAAAUGAUACAGAAUUAUGCAGUACAAAGGGGA